ACCUUCACUUCUCCCUCGCUGCUGCGCACACCACUCCCUGUCGACUCAGAAUAGCCUGACAUCAAAACUCCUCCACCUCUACAUUUCUAUCCGUCUUGGACUCUUCGGUGGUAGCUCUCCUGGCUCCAGAGAAAGCAUCUGCCCACCGAAGAGUCCAGAGCUCGCACGUCGGAGGAGGGGGUAGUAUCGGUUGCUUGACGUGGGGGAGUCGAAGAGGAUCAUGGCGUAUAUGUGCGCGGACAGCGGGAAUCUAAUGGCCAUCGCGCAGCAGGUCAUCCAGCAGAAGCAGCAGCAACAGCAGCGCCAGCAGCAGCAGCAGCAGCAGCAGCAACAGCAGCAGCUGGUGGCUGCCUCCGUCAAUCCCUUCUCCACGAACCCCCCACCGUGGGGCUCCUCGCACCAGCCCCAGCAGCACAUGACCGACCACUUCCCCUUCGUCAUCCCCGACCCGGCUACCACCUUCGCCGAUCCCUUCGCCCCCGAUCCCGUCGCCGGCUUCGCCGCGCCCCCUGGUGGCGGCCACCUCGACCAUGGCCCCUUCCGCCUUUCCGACUUCGGCUCCUCCGCCUCUGCUGUGGCCGCCGAGUUCGACUCCGACGAGUGGAUGGAGAGCCUCAUCGGUGAUUCCCCCGCCGAGAGCUCUGACCUCAUGGGUGACCCUUGGCAGGGCGCAGCCGGCGGUUCAGGAGCCCUCUUCGCCGACGCCUUCCCCUCCUGCUCCACCGAUUUCAGCCCACCUUCUCCCCCCGCAUCCGCGUCGGACCUCAACCACGUCCUCUUCUCCGAGCACUGCGAGAUCGCUCCUCUUGCACCGGUCCAGCACCUUCACCAGGCCGCCGCCGUUGUUGCCCUAAAUCGGCCUGGACCGACGGCCCACGCCCCGUCCUUCGAUCCGCCGGAACUAAACAAGAACUCCGGCGGAGCCGCCGUAGUGCGAGAUCAGGCGCCGGAGAGCAGCGUCUCGUCGCAGCCUCUCUUGGAAUCCCUUCUCGACUGCGCGCGGAUCGCCGAUUCCGACCCCGAUCUCGCCGCCAAAUCCCUGAUCCAUGUCAGAGAGUCCGCUUCGGAGUCGGGCGAUCCGACGGAACGCGUCGCCUUUUACUUCGCCGAAGCUCUCUACCGUCGCCUCCAUGGAGCUCAGAGGAAGCACCACUCAUAUCCCUCCACCGCGGCAGCCCCGCCGUCGUGCUCCUCCUCGUCCUUCGAUUCGUCGCCGGAGGACUUCACCCUCUGCUACAAGGCCCUCAACGAUGCGUGCCCCUACUCCAAGUUCGCCCACCUCACCGCGAACCAGGCGAUCCUCGAGGCCACCGAAUCGGCGGCGCGGAUCCACAUUGUAGACUUCGGGAUCAUGCAGGGAGUCCAGUGGGCGGCACUCCUCCAGGCCCUCGCAACCCGCCCCAGCGGGAAGCCCUCCAGGGUCCGGAUCUCCGGCAUCCCGGCGCCAGCGCUGGGAGCCGCCGCCGCCGCGUCUCUCGCCGCCACGGGAAACCGCCUCCGCGACUUCGCUGCGCUCCUCGACCUGGACUUCGAGUUCGAUCCUAUCCUCACCUCCAUCUCGGAGCUCUCCGCGUCCACCUUCCGGGUCGACCCGGAGGAGACGUUGGCGGUCAACUUCAUGCUCCAGCUCUGCCACCUCCUCGGCGACUCGCCCGAGCCGGUGGAGCGCGUCCUCCGGGUGGCCAAGUCGCUCGGCCCCCGCGUGGUGACGCUGGGCGAGUACGAGGCGAGCCUCAACCGGGCGGCCUUCCUGGAGCGCUUCCGCACGGCGCUGGCCUACUACGCGGCCGUGUUCGACUCGCUCGACCCGGCGAUGCAGCGCGACUCGGCCGAGCGGGCCCGGGUGGAGCGGCUCCUGUUCGGGCGUCGGAUCCUGGGCGUGGUGGGUCCGGGCGACGAGCAAAUCCGACGGGAGAGGAUGGAGGCCAACGCGGAAUGGAGGGCGGUGAUGGAGCAGUGCGGCUUCGAAACCGUGCCGCUCAGCAACUACGCGGUGAGCCAAGCCAAGCUUCUACUCUGGAAUUACAACUACAGCUCCAAAUACACCCUCUCGGAUUCCGCCCCGGUCUUCCUCUCGCUAGCUUGGGGUGACCGCCCCCUCCUCACGGUUUCCUCGUGGCGGUAAUCAUCAACCAAAACUCUGACCUCUUUCGAUUAGGAAUCUAUUUGCCUCCUUCCCUCCACUGUUUUAGUCGAAUGUGUGGGUGUUUGUUUCGUCAUACGACUGUUAAUGGGACUAAUUUGUUUGGUUGGUGCCGUACUAAUAUGUAAAGAUUAGGAUUGGAACACUUCAGUGACUCGAUUGAAUUGCCUGUAAUUUGAGCUGAUCAAAGAGGAGGGAGGGUACCUGUGGAGUUGCUGAUGUGAUAUUACAUAAGAUUGAGCAGGAAAAAGACUGCGCCGAUCUAUUCAAAAGCAGUAGGAACUGCGUUGCUUUUAGUACAUGGGUUGUUCGAAAGGUGGGGAGAGGAGGAUUGAAGGGGAUAAGAAUAUGAGCCCAUGAUCCAAACCUUGCUUUUACAGUGGAUGACCAGAGCUGCAUGAUUCAUCUUUAUCUGUCGAAUACAGAAGAAAGGGGCGAUCGGAAACUAGAACAAGUGAAGAAGAUGAGGAGCCACUGUAGCGCAUGUACUAUAUCCCUCGAAGGUGUGCAGCCCGAGCCAGCAGCUUCUUUCGAUUGAAUGGGGGCCCGAGUUGGAUCAUUUUGGGGGCAAGACUGUUCAACCAUUGGUCAUACUCUCAUAUCCAGACGGCUUUUCUCGACACGGGGGGGGUGCGUGGUCAUACUUGUGUUCCAUGGAGCUACAGGACCAGAGAGUGGCUGCCAAAACCAUCGUCUCUGUACGGCUAGCGGGCGAACAGGCAGUCACCCACGCACAGGGAACUGAUCCAAGCGGCAGAGGGCAUGUGGGCUGUCCCAUAACGCAUCCUGCUCAGCCCCCGCAAACAGUCGAUCAAAUCUGUCGUCCAACUGUGGACCUGCGUCGGCCCUGCCUCCUCCAACGAGUUAAAGCAAAAGAGGAAGAGGGGAAGGAGAUGGUGUUUGGCAGACGGAAAGGAAAGAAUGGGUGGGUGGGACAGAGGGAAAGGAGGAGGAGGAGGAGGGCAAGCGGACGACCACAGCACCGCCAUAACUGUUGGUAUCAGGGAUCGCAGGCCCGCCCCAGAACAAAAGGGGUGGGUGUGCCUCCCGCUGCCGGCGCCGGGCGUGCUGCUGCGCCAUUCCGCACCCAGCGGGCCACCGUGCUGUCCGCCCGGGCUGCUUGUGCCAGUAAUGGGGCCUGCCAUUUUUGGCUCACUGUUUGCAGUAUUUACGUCUUUGGCUCGGACUUAAAGAGAAUGCUGGCUGUUUAUUUCUUUCA